AGUCUGCAGAGGGACCCGGGCACGCCGGCUGGGCUCAGCCGCGGGACCAGCUGCCGCACCGCGAUUCUGGUGCUGCCCGCCUGGAAACCGUGCCGGAUUUGUGGCGAUUUUCGUAGCCAAGAGCCCCCACCCCUGACCAUGUAGAUAUCGGCUCCCGGAAGCAGCAUGGGCCCCGCUGAAUGGAGACUCCUGGGUCUGCAGCCCUGAGCCCCUCCGGCCCCUGGAUCUCGCCCCGCGCCUGGGGACGCCCCUCAGAGCCCACCGCCACUGUCGCCAGCCCACCUCGGCCACCCCCUGGAGCCGGCCGCCCGGAGCCACAGCAAUCCAGUGAGGCUGUGCCGGGGACAGCCACGCGGAGCCAUUGGCCAGCGGCCUCCUGUCCAGCGCUGACCCUCGGGCCCGCCCCGAGCGGGGCCUGCGGCAGACAUGGGUGACAUGACCAACAGCGACUUUUACUCCAAAAACCAAAGAAACGAGUCGAGCCAUGGGGGCGAGUUCGGGUGCACGAUGGAGGAGCUGCGCUCCCUCAUGGAGCUACGGGGCACCGAGGCCGUGGUCAAGAUCAAGGAGACCUACGGGGACACUGACGCCAUCUGCCGGCGCCUCAAAACCUCCCCUGUCGAAGGUUUGCCAGGCACUGCUCCAGACCUGGAGAAGAGAAAGCAGAUUUUUGGGCAAAACUUUAUACCUCCAAAGAAGCCAAAAACCUUCCUGCAGCUCGUGUGGGAGGCCCUGCAGGACGUGACGCUGAUCAUUCUGGAAAUCGCCGCCAUCAUCUCCCUGGGGCUCUCCUUCUACCACCCGCCCGGCGAGAACAACGAAGGAUGUGCGACGGCCCAGGGCGGGGCAGAGGAUGAAGGGGAGGCAGAGGCGGGUUGGAUCGAGGGGGCCGCCAUCCUCCUGUCGGUCAUCUGCGUGGUCCUGGUCACGGCCUUCAAUGACUGGAGCAAAGAGAAGCAGUUCCGGGGCCUGCAGAGCCGCAUUGAGCAGGAGCAGAAAUUCACUGUGGUCCGGGCCGGCCAGGUGGUCCAGAUCCCUGUGGCUGAGAUCGUGGUUGGGGACAUCGCCCAGGUCAAAUAUGGCGACCUCCUCCCUGCCGACGGCCUCUUCAUCCAGGGCAACGACCUCAAGAUCGACGAGAGCUCCCUGACCGGGGAGUCUGACCAGGUGCGCAAGUCGGUGGACAAGGACCCCAUGCUGUUGUCAGGUACCCACGUGAUGGAGGGCUCUGGACGGAUGGUGGUGACCGCCGUGGGUGUGAACUCUCAGACUGGCAUCAUCUUUACCCUGCUGGGGGCCGGUGGUGAAGAGGAGGAGAAGAAAGACAAGAAAGGUGUGAAGAAGGGGGAUGGCCUUCAGCUACCAGCGGCCGAUGGUGCGGCAGGUUCAAAUGCUGCAGAUAGUGCAAAUACCAGCCUAGUCAAUGGUAAAAUGCAGGAUGGCAAUGUGGACGCCAGCCAGAGCAAAGCCAAACAGCAGGACGGGGCGGCCGCCAUGGAGAUGCAACCCCUCAAGAGUGCCGAGGGGGGAGACGCUGAUGACAAGAAGAAGGCCAACAUGCACAAGAAGGAGAAGUCGGUGCUGCAGGGCAAGCUCACCAAGCUAGCCGUGCAGAUCGGCAAGGCAGGCCUGGUGAUGUCAGCCAUCACGGUGAUCAUCCUGGUGCUCUACUUCACCGUGGACACCUUCGUGGUCAACAAGAAGCCAUGGCUCCCCGAGUGCACGCCCGUCUACGUGCAGUACUUCGUCAAGUUCUUCAUCAUCGGCGUGACCGUGCUGGUGGUUGCCGUGCCCGAGGGGCUCCCUCUGGCCGUCACCAUCUCCCUGGCUUACUCAGUGAAGAAAAUGAUGAAGGACAACAACCUGGUCCGCCACCUGGACGCCUGCGAGACCAUGGGCAAUGCCACGGCCAUCUGCUCGGACAAGACGGGCACCCUGACUACCAAUCGCAUGACGGUGGUACAGGCCUACGUGGGCGACGUCCACUACAAGGAGAUCCCUGAGCCCAGCUCCAUCAACGCCAAGACCAUGGAGCUGCUGGUCCAUGCCAUCGCCAUCAACAGCGCCUACACCACCAAGAUCCUGCCCCCGGAGAAGGACGGCGCCCUGCCCCGGCAGGUGGGCAACAAGACGGAGUGCGGCCUGCUGGGCUUCGUGCUGGACCUGAAGCAGGACUACGAGCCGGUGCGCGCUCAGAUGCCCGAGGAGAAGCUGUACAAGGUCUACACCUUCAACUCCGUGCGCAAGUCCAUGAGCACCGUCAUCAAGCUGCCGGACGAGAGCUUCCGCAUGUACAGCAAGGGCGCUUCGGAGAUCGUGCUCAAGAAGUGCUGCAAAAUCCUCAACGGGGCAGGUGAGCCUCGGGUCUUCCGGCCCCGCGACCGGGACGAGAUGGUGAAGAAGGUGAUCGAGCCCAUGGCCUGUGACGGGCUCCGUACCAUCUGCGUGGCUUACCGUGACUUCCCCAGCAGCCCCGAGCCCGACUGGGACAACGAGAACGACAUCCUCAACGAGCUCACCUGCAUCUGUGUGGUGGGCAUCGAGGAUCCCGUGCGGCCCGAGGUCCCGGAAGCCAUCCGCAAGUGCCAGCGAGCAGGCAUCACUGUCCGCAUGGUCACCGGUGACAACAUCAACACGGCGCGGGCCAUCGCCAUCAAGUGUGGCAUCAUCCAUCCCGGGGAGGACUUCCUGUGCCUUGAGGGCAAGGAGUUCAACCGAAGGAUCCGCAACGAGAAAGGGGAGAUCGAGCAGGAGCGGAUCGAUAAGAUCUGGCCAAAGCUGCGGGUGCUGGCUCGCUCCUCCCCCACGGACAAGCACACCCUGGUCAAAGGCAUCAUCGACAGCACGCACACGGAGCAGCGGCAGGUGGUGGCCGUGACAGGGGACGGCACCAAUGACGGGCCUGCACUCAAGAAGGCCGACGUGGGCUUCGCCAUGGGCAUCGCAGGCACGGACGUGGCCAAGGAGGCCUCGGACAUCAUCCUGACGGACGACAACUUCAGCAGCAUCGUCAAGGCAGUGAUGUGGGGCCGCAACGUCUAUGAUAGUAUCUCCAAGUUCCUGCAGUUCCAGCUGACCGUCAAUGUGGUGGCUGUGAUCGUGGCCUUCACGGGUGCCUGCAUCACGCAGGACUCCCCCCUGAAGGCCGUGCAGAUGCUCUGGGUGAACCUCAUCAUGGACACAUUCGCCUCCCUGGCGCUGGCCACUGAGCCGCCCACCGAGACGCUGCUCCUGAGGAAGCCGUACGGCCGCAACAAGCCCCUCAUCUCUCGGACCAUGAUGAAGAACAUCCUGGGCCAUGCCGUCUACCAGCUCACCCUCAUCUUCACCCUGCUCUUCGUCGGCGAGAAGAUGUUCCAGAUCGACAGCGGGAGGAACGCACCCCUGCACUCACCGCCCUCCGAGCACUACACCAUCAUCUUCAACACCUUCGUCAUGAUGCAGCUCUUCAACGAGAUCAACGCCCGCAAGAUCCAUGGCGAGCGCAACGUCUUCGACGGCAUCUUCCGGAACCCCAUCUUCUGCACCAUUGUGCUGGGCACCUUUGCCAUCCAGAUAGUGAUCGUGCAGUUUGGGGGGAAGCCAUUCAGCUGCUCCCCACUGCAGCUGGACCAGUGGAUGUGGUGCAUAUUCAUUGGGUUAGGAGAGCUCGUCUGGGGCCAGGUCAUCGCCACCAUCCCGACCAGCAGGCUCAAGUUCCUCAAGGAGGCGGGCAGGCUCACGCAGAAGGAGGAGAUCCCCGAGGAGGAGCUCAACGAGGACGUGGAGGAGAUAGACCACGCAGAGCGCGAGCUGCGGCGGGGCCAGAUCCUGUGGUUCCGAGGUCUGAACCGGAUCCAGACCCAGAUUGAAGUAGUCAAUACUUUCAAGAGCGGGGCCUCCUUUCAGGGGGCCCUGCGGAGACAAUCCUCCGUCACCAGCCAGAGCCAGGACGUAGCCAAUCUCUCUAGCCCUAGUCGCGUGUCGUUGUCCAAUGCUCUUUCCUCUCCGACCAGCCUUCCUCCUGCUGCAGCUGGGCGUGAAGGGCUAGAGAACCCUGGACACAGAGUUCAGCAAGAGAGAGUGAAAUUAAAAGAGAUCCGCGUCGUGAAGGCGUUUCGUAGCUCUCUCUAUGAAGGUCUAGAAAAGCCUGAGUCUCGAACCUCCAUCCAUAACUUCAUGGCUCACCCUGAGUUCCGGAUCGAAGACUCGCAGCCCCACAUCCCCCUCAUCGACGACACCGACCUGGAAGAAGAUGCCGCGCUCAAACAGAACUCGAGCCCGCCCUCGUCGCUCAACAAGAACAACAGCGCCAUCGACAGCGGGAUCAACCUGACGACCGACACAAGCAAAUCAGCUACCUCUUCAAGUCCAGGGAGCCCCAUCCACAGCCUGGAGACGUCGCUUUAGCUGAGGACCCACCCCCACCCCGCCGCCACACCACACCCCGCCCCCACCCGGGCAGCCACCCAUCCGGGCACCUGACUGACCCAAGCCGCAGCGAGCAACGGCAGGAAGAAAACAAAAACAAACACUGGCGAGAAAACCGAUUCCACCCAGCAGACCCUUUUUUUUCUGGCUGCGAUGCUGUUUGAACUCUUUUUCACCUUGAGGCGAGGGCGGGAUCUCGUGGGGAGCGGGGCUAAAGGGAGUGAGUGGGGGUUUUCCCAGAACUAGCCCUUCUUGGCUCCCGCCUGACGUGGACCAGCCCUGCCCCCAGCCCAGCGCCAGCCGCAUCCCUGCAUGAAUGUACUGCAUACUUCCGGUCCUCCCCUAGUUUGGUUUUUGGGGGGUUGGGGAGGGGUUUUGUUUUUUCUUUUGUUUCUUAGGCGGGAACUGCAAAACAGACUCUUUUCUGAGACUAUUUAUCCAAUCCACUGGUCUGUGAAGUUUUUGAGAUGCUUGCUGUAGCAUGGUCUCAGUUGUACAGGUUAAUUUCACAACUUUUUGAAAUUGCAGAGCUUAACUCGCCUGGUAAAUUUGCACCAAUGGAACCGAAGAACUUCAGACACUCACAAGGUUAUAUCCAUUUCUUUGUAUCUAUAUCAACGUAUACUUCUCUGAGACUGUAUACGUCCAUAUAGAUAGGUAGAUAUAUAUAUAUAUAAAUAUAUAUAAUGGAUAUAUAAAAUUUUUUUGCCGGCAUGUUGCCUUGUUUCCGCUUAAAUUGCUCUAUUUUAACUUAUUUAUGUCCUAAAAGAAGAAUGUAAUUUGUUUACAAACCUGUAGAUAACGUCUUCGGCUAUUUGUAUGGUUUAAGAACACUGGUGGCUGAGAUGCUAUAAAAACAGCUCAGCCUGGCAGACACCUCCCUGGAUUGCAUCCUCGAUGUUUUACGAUAGCCAUGCUCUGAUUAUUUUUUUUUUUUUUUCUGGCUUGCUGUUUCUGUUGGAUAAUGUCACUACCGUGGGAGGCAGGAGUCAAAUGUGAGCAGGGAUCCAUCCCGAGCAGUCCAACAGCGCGCUCCGUAGACAAAGGGGGAGGAGGAGAGAAGUCUUCGUGGGCUCCAAGGACUGACUGGUGGCCGGCCGGCCCCAGGGCCACGGGGUCCGCAAAGCACUGAGUGAAGACCUUCUCUCAAUGAAACUCACUUGAGUUUACUAAGAGCACUUCCAACAGAGGUUCCCUCUGGCGCUGUCUGUGCAGACUGAGGUAGUGAGGCAAUAUUAUAAAUGCUGUUUUGUUGAUUUUUUCUUUUUUCGGUUAGUAAUUUAGAGGCUUAUUUCCUCAUAGAUUGCAGCAAAUAUGCUGUUGGCAUAUUGGAUGAGGAUCAUUAAGGCUUGCUGCUUUUAUUUUUAUUUUUGAAGAAGAAUAGCCUUUUUCUCUGCACUACUUAGAUCCGAACGAACCUUAUGAUGUGUAUAUUGAGAUGUAUUCAGUGUGAUUUUUUUUAAACCAAAUCGUCUUCCUGUAGUCGCAAUAUAUACUAUAGCCUUUGAACAGCAAGUCUUGCUUUCCCAGGCAGAAAGCCAUUCUGAAACCCUGCAUAUCACAGGUGAGAAAAGGUGGUUAUUUCUCCCCCGCCCCUGAGACAAUAACAGCACUAGUAAUCCCACUUAAUAAGAGCUUAUUUAAUUGUAUGUCAGCCUCUUAACUGCUAAGCACUUUGUGGGUAUCAGCUUUUUUCAUAAAAGAACUUUUGUAUUGAAUACAAAGUUUGCUUUGAGACUUUUCAGCAUACGAUCUUUUUCCAUAAACUUGUACAGUGCAAAAGACAUUUUGAAUACCAUGACCGAUGAUGUCCCAUGCUUCAAGGAAAACCAAAACGCUUCCCGCCUCGCUUGCAAAAUGCAUUCUUCAUAUUGACCCUUCCCACGGUUGCUCUGUGUCAGCCCGGGCCCCUCCCUUCUCCAGGCCCAGAGAAUUCUUCCACAAACAAGAUUGAGAGCCACUCGGGAAAAGAGCCAUAGUCAGCUGGGAGGGCAUGCGUCUGGACGGCUGUGGAGAAACCCGAGGGUUUGGGAUCCCGAGACAGCCCAUCCCACCUGGCAAGACCUUCCUGGAAGGAGGACCUUUUUUGAGCAAGAGCAUCUCCUGAAUGUCGAGAAGCAUCAUCUCUGAAUGUAGCCAGCAGAGGGAACUGCGUCCCCCGAAGCGGUGACCAGCCCUCAGAUGUGUUUAUUGGAUUCCAAGACCAACACCGCCCACACCGCCCACUGCUCUCCUUAGAGAAAGACCUGCUCCUGUAGAACCUGGGGCAGCUUUGGAACGUGGUGUGUUUUUCGUUUUCUGUUGUUUCUUGUAGUUUCCUUUUUCGAGGUUCUCCAUCUCCCCCUGUGUUCCGACCGUGUGUCCGUGACCGCAUUCCAUGACACCAGGAAAGCCCGGCUCACACAUGAGGCCUCCUGCUCAUUUGCAGCCAGGACGCAAGGGGAGCAGGAGGGGGUCUCCCAGAGCGGGGCUCAGCUCCAGGGAGAGUAGGGAGCCACCGAAGCUAGAAUGCCCCCACAUCAGUGCUGGUCUUUUCUUGUCAGGAAUGAUGGAUGCCCACACACACAUACACACUCAUACCCUUGCCCUCACACUUACACACACACACACACACACACAGAGGAAAUGACUGGUUUGUCAGAACUCACUGUAGUACAUAAAGCUUGCACUCGGCGUCCUAUAUCUAGCAGCAUGGGGUACGUUUGGCAGUUAACCCCAUUAGGGGGUAAAUAAUUUAUGACCAUUCAUCUGUUUUUAUGAAUUUUUUUAAUCUAGACAAUAAUUGUAAAUAAAGAACUCACCAUCUCUGUUCAUUUACUACUAUGCAAUGGUGAUGCUUUCAGUUGCUGUCUCUUCUUACUCCUGCAGUGUGGUUCUGAAAUGUCUGUGGUCUUAAAAGGAAAAAAAAAAGGCAAAAAACAUCAAACAGAACACAGUGACUAUAUACUCUGUAAUAUAUACUUUUUUUUUAACUGGUCAGGGACUGCACCAUCCUCUUAGAUUCCUGUCUGCCCUCUGGACGGGGUUCCAGGAGGAGGUAGCAGACUCGGUUCUGAGGUCUACGCUCACCAAUCUGUCUCCCCCUCCACAGAUGAGGGACGAGCAGCGGGCCCAUUCAGUGAGCCACCCACCUUUGGAGGUGGACAGGGAGGAAACUGAAGACCUUCCUUCCUAACUCAGCAGCAGCCUGGGUUGCUCCCACCAGCCCCCACCCCACCCCCGUGGCCCCUUCUCCCCAUGUCCCAGCCAGAGCAGAGAGCCGACAAGAAACAGAGGUCCCUGCUUCUGAGCACAGACCAACGGCGGUGACUGCACUGGGGCGAGGAUCCGGGACCUGUCUCAGCCCAGGCAGCCCAGUGAUGGAACGGCCACCCUUCCUCCACUGUGUGGAAAUUCCCCCUUUACCGCACCCUGACAGCUUAGAGAGACUUGCAUCUAUUUCUGGAAUUUCGCCUCUGUUCCCUCAUCAGGGUGUCUCAUCUGACUAGCCACCUAGUUUUAAUUAUUGUCACUUUAUAUGAUGUUUUUAUUAUGUGGUGGGACAAAUACCCUUCGUGCAUUUUUUUUUAACAAAAUUUCCUGGUUAUUCUUUCACGUCUGUUCUUCCAAGUAAACUUAAAAUGUUGCCGAGUCCUCCGCCCUCCUGCCCUCCUCUCACCCCAAAUACUGGGCCCUUUCAUCAUAGGUGCAAACAUCAUGCCGCCAUUGUAAGCACUGUCCACUCCAGCUCACUAAAUAGAGACCCCGUUAAGGAGAAAAAAGAAGGGCAUCCUAGAUCUUGAGGGAAGCCUGAUACUCCUCCCAUCAUCUCACCUGUCCCCUGAGCCAGGGUGUUGUCAGGAGAGGCCACGGAGCCCCCAGCCAAUAUCAGUGUGGGCCCCCAAAUCACCCAUCUUGGCUGUGAUGGGGUGGACCCUCCAUCCACCCCAGUCCAGCGGAGAAAGAAGGUUCUCUCCCAGACUCAGAGCUACCAGAAUGUGUAUCCCACUUGCCAAUUCUCCUCAUGGAGAGAUGUUUAUUCCUGGCUCCUUUUCCUGGGCUGUUGUUGUGGGGAGGGGGUCACCCCUUGCUCUUUAUUGAGUUUUCAGCAGGUCUGAGAUAGGUCCCCCGGCGUGUAGCCGUUUCUUGCCUGGACCUUCUCACCACCCUGACUCCCCCUAGUGGUUCUUGCUCUACUUGCAGGAGGCUGUCAAAUAAGUACACUGUGACACGCCUCCCAACCCCAAACUCUCUCCAAUGGGCCCCAAGAUCCCACCAUUAGAAGGGGUGGGGGUGGGGGAUGGGCUGCAUUUCUCUGAAGGUUUUUGGGUCCUCCAAAGCCAAGGCCAAAAUCAAACAAUAGCGGGAAAUCCCCAGGUCUUUCUCAAGUUCCAAAGCGAGCUCUCCUGAUUUUGACAUAAAGAUCCUGUCCACCCAAGUAGGGGAGGGGGAAUCCCAAGCCCUGGGCAUCAGCCAUCACCCCCUCCAACGAAAACAAGAUAUUUAAGGCUGCUUUGGGACCGCCCUUCACGGCUCCCCCAAGUCUUGUAACGCCUGUGGUGCUCUCCCUCCCGACCUUUCCUCUCGGGAGGGUCGGUCGCCACACUUUGCUAACUCUUGUGUGCACAUAUUUUAUACCGGAGUAAGCAAGGAAAUGGUGCCGCCUCCAGCUUCCUGAGCUGCCCGGGCUCGGGCGCUCUGGGACAAUCGGGGCUGGGAAGUGACUGUGCUCUUAUUGUACACUCCUGAUUUCUCUGUAUCUCUGGCUUGUGCUCUUUGUAACUAAUGGGAUUUGUCUGCCUUUUCAACACUAUACUGAGCAAUAACAAUAAAUGCACACGUGGAAAUGU